AUGUCGUGGCGACAAGCAACUAACAAAUCAGCGCCUAAGCCAGCUGCACCAAAACCAAAAUUCGAGACUAAAGAUGAUGAUUGGGAAACAGAUAUCACUUAUGAAAAUUCAGCAACUGAAAAAUCGCAACGCUUUGGUUCAACUAGUGUACCUGGUUCUGGUCGAAUAGAUUAUGUUGAUCUAGGUUCCAUUCAAGAUAAAGUCAAAUCAGCUGAUAAUACCAUUAAAGAAACAUACCAAGAAAAAAAUCCUAAUCGUGGCUACGGAGGAAAAUAUGGCACAGAACAAGUGAUGGAUAAGGUCAGUAACUAG